AUGUUUCAAGUUCCGGUGGAAAAUCUGGACUACAUCAGAACUUUGCGGCCAUGGGUGAAGAGCAUUCUUCUGAAGGUUGGACUUGACAGCUCUAAAGAAUUGUUGGAGGACCUUAAAGGCUUUGGCCCAGGAGACAGAUACUUUUAUAAUACAUCUUGGCCAGAUGUUGCUCCAAGGGAACUUGUCAGAAAGAAAAUAAGAUACCGAUCCAAGCCAUACUGCUGCAGUCUUUGCCAAUAUUCAGCAGAUGUGCUUGCUUCUUUCAAAAAUCACUUGCAUCGUUGCCAUGAAGAUGAGGCAGACCAAGAGCUGCAGAUCCAGUGUCCAGAUUGCUCAUUUGCUUCAAGGCCUGAUGUGGUGAGCAGGCACUUCUCUUUAUUCCAUGAGUCAGCUGGGAAAGUUGACAGCCCCAAGGAGAAAGUUCUGGGCAAUGGGAAGUCACUGAAGGGUUACAUAAAACAUUUCACAUGUUUAAAAUGUAACUUUUCCAAUACUUCCUUCUAUAGCAUGAAGAAGCAUGUGCUGAUCACUCAUUUUCAGUCCUUACUUAAUGCCUACUUUGGCUUUCAAACUAAGGAAGAACAGCAGCAACUGAAAGCCAGCGAUACUCUUUCUGUGGCAAAUAUUCUACCACCUGAAAAAUACUAUUGUAAAAAGUGUAGUACCAAUAUGUGCAGCCCGGAUGAUCUGAUGUCCCAUAUUUUGACAUCAGAUGUGCACAAGGAUUUGGAGAAUAAGUUGAGAUCUGUGAUUUCAGAACAUAACAAGAGGAUUGGGCUUCCGAAGCAAAUGCCCAUUGCUCCAAAGCCACAGGCAUGCUUGUCCAGGCCACCAAAUAGCAGUGCUCCACACACAAUUGCUCCAGAAAAGCCACUUUGGUCCCAUCUUGCCUUGUCACAGAACACUCCAAGUCCAGCUAUGGUACAGCCAAUGACCUUGGCCCAAUCUGUGACUUCUGCCCAUGUACAGCCUCCGGUGGGGACCCCAUGCACUUCCUGGAGUCUCACUCAUUCUCUGUCUGCUGCUGUCCAGUCCCACGUGGCUUUUGUCUCCAGCCCUCUAUCAGUGGGCCAGACCAGCCUCACGCUGCAGCCUUCGACUCCCUCGUCUGUUCUUUACUCAGGCAGGGCUUCACCUAAUAAGCCUAUAGAUCCUCCUGCAUUACCUGUGAAUCGGCCACUCGGGCCUGUGAAUAAGUCUGUUGGAAUGAGUAAUCUCCCAACGGGUCAAGCCAUCCAACCUGGGAUUUUACCUCUGACACAGCCCAUGAGGUCUACACGUCGACCAGCAGGACCUCCAGUCAGAUCAGUGAGGCCUAAGAGCAGACUGCUCAGGCCUGGCACCCUGUCUUCUGGUCUUUCUGUCUCUCCUGGGGUUCUUCAGACACCAUCACCAGGAACAAUUUCUGUGGGUCAGGUGGUCUCAUUGGCAGUCCUUUCUGAAGGUCAGAUGACCCCUGCUUCUGUGAUUCCCGCGCAGACAGCAGCUUCUGGGAUCCUUCCCACUGGUCAAGCAGUCGAGUCCAGGGUUCUCCAUGUAGGCCAGACAGUCUCAUCACAGGUUCUUCCCUCUUGUCAGACAGUGUCCUUUAGGGUUCUCUCUGCAGAUCAAGUGGUAUCAUGUGGGUUGCUGUCCCCCAAACAGGUGGUGAUCUCAGAUGUCUCUGUGAACCAGGGUGUGAGCUCUUGUGUUCCUCUCCUUGGUCAGCCUGUUACAUCAGGAGUCCUUCCUGCAGGUUCACCAGUUAGAUCCAGUGUGCUUGAGCUCCAUCAGUCUAUUAGCACCAGCAUCCUGCCAGUGAACCAGUCAGUGAGAGCUGAAACGUCACAGAACACCAUGCUCCUCAAGUCAGGCCCUGUUUUCAGAAAGCUCCUUCCAACAGGGACACAGGUUAAUGGGAGACCCAUUUACAUGCUAGAUCCAGUGCCUGUCACUCUGCCUAUUCAGAGUGCUAGCCUCACGACUGUCACUCCAUCCCAGGUGCCCAACCAAUUCAUGUCCCCCAGUGUAGGUCCACAGAUGUCCAGUGCUCUACCCAGCUUGUCCUUCUCACAGGGACUGGUAAACACUGCAGACCAGAACAUACUUGUUCAGGUCUCUUCAUCUGAUGUGGAUAUGAAUAUGGUUGUCAGACAAGCCAAGCAGUGGAAAAUCUGCCCAGUUUGCAAAGUAUUCUUCCCAUCCAAUGUCUACCAGGCUCACAUGGAAGUGGCUCACAAACAAAGUGAGUCCAACUCCAGUGAGAAACUUGAACCAGUAAAGCUGGCAGCGUAUGCCCCAUUUCUGGAGUGGACAAGUGAGAAGGCAAUGAAUUGCCUCUCCUGCAAAUGCCUAGUCUCAGAGAAGGAGCUAAUGUACCACUUACUCACACAUGGCUUGGGGUGUGUGUUUUGCCCAUGCACUUUUCACAACAUACAGGGUCUCUUGGAACAUACCAGAAUUAAACAUUGUGAGAGGAAGAAGCUGUCUUUGGAUUACAGUAACAGGGGCUUCCAGUUGAGCCUGGAUGCUAAUGGUGACCUGUUGUUCCCCUAUCUUGAUUUCAUCAUCACUCUGCCGAGAGAGAAGAUUGGAGAACAGGAAGUCUGUCUGGCUAUCCUCUCAGAGAUGUGCUCCACAUCACUGGUGCCAUUGUAUGUUAAGGUGAGGCCACAGGUUAAGGUUGUACCUAAGCUUCUCAGUGAACAAGAGCUGACCUGUCCCCUCUGUUUGAGCACAUUCAUGAUAUCCGAUGCAUACAUGUUACAUUUGAAGGACAGACACCAUAUUAUGCCAAUGGCUUAUACAGUGCUCAGGUCUCCUGCCUUCAGAUGUGUCCAUUGUUGUGGGGUCUACCCUGGAUGUUUGACUGUGGCAGCCAUCACUCUUCAUUUACUGCAUUGUGAACAUGCUCCCAAAGAGAACAGUUCAGAUGUGCAAGUUGGGCCCAGUUUUGUUGAGAGCAGUGAACUGCAGUUUGUCAAUGGGAAAAGGAUUACUGAUCCUACCCAUCCUGUAAAGAGAAAGUGGCAAGAUGGGACAGAAGACCAGAAGAGGGAUGAGAAAGUUCCCUUGUUUGUACUAAAGGGUGAUGCAGCAUCAGGUCCGGAGGAAGGGACUAGUGUUAUGCCUUUGAAGAGACAAAAGAAUGAAAGUACAACUAAUGGACUGGUGGCCAGUGAUGAUUUACUCCAGAUCCUAGCAUUAGAUCCCCAAAAAUACAAAGACUACUCCUAUGAGAAAAAAAAGCAGUUUCUUAGAGAGUAUUUCCAUAAGAAACCAUAUCCUAGCAGAAAAGAAGUAGAACUGUUAUCUUUAUACUUGAAGAUGGAAAGAAUUAAUGUGGCUUUGUUUUUUGGAACAAGAAGAUAUAUUUGUUUGAAAGCAAUAGAAGUUCACAGACCUUCAGUUCUUCUAGGCUUUGAUAUGUCUGAACUUAAAAAUGUUAAACAUAGACUGAACUUUUAG